AUAUGUUUUUGACAAGCAGAGCAAAUUCAAUUUUCAUGGCAGAAUUCUUUCUCUGCUUAUUUUAUAGAUUAUUUAACUUUAUGAUUUUAAAAAUAAAUUAAAUAAAUAUGUUAAUUAACGGUAACUUAACUUUAAGAUUUAAAGCAGCUGAAUUGCAUUACUUCAACUGGUUAUAUAGUGUGGCGCCAUGUUUUGCUGUAAACGCGUCGAAAAUUAAUAUAAUUACUGAUCCGCAGAAGUUCUACGAUUCUUUAUAUGAAAGGUUUAAAACAGCUAAUCGUCGGAUAUCGGUGGCUAGUUUAUAUAUAGGAACGGGGGCUCUGGAAAAGGAUUUGUUGAAAGUGACAAAGCAAAAUAUGAUGGCGAAUAAGUCGUUGAAAUUGAGUGUUUUACUGGACUAUCAGCGAGGAACACGCGGUGAGGUAAACUCACGGAGCUUAUUACAAGAAUUCUUGACAACUAUUCCAGAGCAGUGUAAUAUUUUUUUAUACCAAACACCUCGUCUUCAUGGAUCUUGGUCCAAAGCUCUGCCAGCAAGAUAUAAUGAGAUUGUGGGUCUUCAGCACAUGAAACUGUAUAUAGCUGAUGACUCGGUACUGUUGAGCGGGGCUAACUGUUCCAGUGAUUACUUUGAGAGGAGACAGGACCGGUAUAUUGAAAUUCAGGAUGCAGACUUGGCUGAUUUUUAUUGUGAACUUAUAGAUGAAAUGAGUAACUACAGCAAAAGAUGUGUAAAGAAUGGUUAUAUUGAAAAUAAGCAUGCUUCAAGAGAAGCAGUGACUCAGGAAGUAAAUGAGAAGAUAAUUAACUUCAUCGAGAGAUGGCAUAAUAAGCAGUAUUCCAGCACUUUAACUAAUGCUUCAGAUCCCAAUAAGGACACAUGGGUAUUUCCACUAAUCCAAAUGGGCGAGUUUGAUAUCCGGCAAGAUCAAAGAGUGACUCAAGGCUUGCUGGGCUCCGCUCCGUCCAACUCACUCAUCAGACUAGCCACUGGCUAUUUUAACUUGACUGGAGAGUAUGCUGACACUCUGCUGAAGGAUUGCAAAGCAAACAUUAGUUUGUUGAUGGCUCAUCCCAAUGCAAAUGGAUUUAUGGGAGCCGCGGGACCAGCAGGAGGCAUUCCUCACGCAUAUUCCCUGAUAGCAAGAAAAUUCUGGAACCGAGUCGAGGCGUCUAAUCAAACAAACAAGGUCCAAAUGUUGGAGUAUGAACGACCAGACUGGACUUUCCAUGCAAAGGGUUUAUGGUACUACCCGCCGGGUAGUGGAGUCCCUUGGGGCACGCUGGUGGGCUCGGCGAACCUCGGCGAGCGCUCGGUUAAGCGCGACCUCGAAGCACAGGCUGCUAUUUUCACCGUCUCGUCGGAACUGCAGGAAAAACUUCACAAUGAAGCCGCUCUCCUACAUGCGCACGCGGCGGAGUGCAGCCGCGAGCUGCAGCAGCGCUCGACGCCGCUGUGGGUGCGCGCUACUGUCGGCCUCUUUCGAACAUAUUUCUGAAGUUCUGAACUAUGGUUGCCAGACAUUCUUAUACAGAGCAACAACCACAUAACUUCCUAUAGCUGAUACUAGAUUCUUCUGAAGUAAACAUUUACGCCUCGGUCACGAAACACACGCUUGGCGUUGACUUCGACCGCCGACGGUCGGCGUCAGCGUCUUGCGUGCGUUCCGUAGCCCUCUGCCCGCUCGGGUUAAAGUUGCCUUAUACAGAGCAAGAACACCGUCUAUAUUUAGGGAAUUCUCAGUCAAAAGUACAUAUACCAUUUACUUUUUUAUAACUUGGGUUAUUUAAAUUAUCACUAGAAUUAUCGAUCAAUUUAAAAAGGUGUCCGAAAAAAAUUUUCAGUUUUGUGACGCAGUUUCACAUAAAUUUUUUGUAUUGGGACCGCCACAAAACUGACACUCAAAAUUUGUAUGAAAAACUGAGGACACUUUUUCUUUGCUUCAGUAGUAGUAGUAAUCACUUUAUUGUACACAACAAAGGUUUACAAAAAUAAAUUACAGUAAUGGAAGUACAAAGGCGAACUUAUCCCUAUAAGGGAUCUCUUCCAGCUAACCUUCGAAUAGAUGAGUGGAAAACUAUAGCCAGGUCAGAUAGACAAAAACUUACAGGAUGUACAAAUUAAUAUUUAAAAAAGAAAUAACACUAUAGAUUAAAAUACAUAAAAUACAUACUAGCAUACAUACAUACAAUACUAAAUAUAUAUUAUAAUAUAUAGGUAUAUAAAUAUAACAAGUGUAAGAAAAAAAAAAAAGGUUAAUACUUAACCAGAUCACGGAUCGUUGUUUUAAUCAACGGUCCUCUUGAAUUUGACUGGAAAUUGUACCAUUUUUUCUGAAAACCCCCUCGAACACGUCCUACACUCACAGUAGAUGCCGGUGUACCUAGUCUUACAAUAUGGAUUUUUAAAAGAACUAAAUAAAAACACGCAACUCACUCAUUUGGCCAAUUGAGGUACCUAUACCUACAGUAUCUACAUUAUAUUGUAUCUAUGGAAUGAUAAUUCGUCAACUAUCUUAACUAUUAGUGAUUUUUUGUUUACAUUCUUUUGACUUUUAAGAUCUAUAUGGUUGUUUUGGACCGCACUUGUUUGGGUAUUAGACCUCAAACUACAUAGGACCUUAGUUAUUUGGGGCAUUUUCUAA